AUGGGUCAACCUGCUGACUUGCUUCGUUCGGACGGUAUCUCUGAGGAAGCACUACGGCCAUUUUCUCCAGAUCCAAUGAUCGCCGAUAUGUUCGCUGAGUCCUCUCUAGCAGACUUCCUGAGCGAUAUCAUGCUACCAUUAGCACCAAUCCCCAGUCAAGAUCAGGGAGCUGGCGAUACGGCAAAUCAAACACGUCUGCAGCGAGACUAUUUGGAUUUUGGUACAUCCUGGGCUGAUAUGACUGACUUCGAAGCGAUGCUGGAGGGGAACUAUACAGGACCUCUUCAGAGUAUCAACAACGUCUCAUUCAAUCUACCAGCUCCACCAUCCGGGACGAAGACUCCCGUAUUAGGCGAAAGCUUCGGGGCGAGGAAUGCUGCAUUUUUGCGAUCUAUAUGGCGAUGGGUACCUACGAAAAAGGAUCGUGGUGGCGCAGAUCAACUCGACUUGUCUCUGCCAUCUAUCAAUUUCGAUAGUCCAGAGACGAGAAAUCUUGCAGAAACGUUGCUUCCGGGCCAGCACAUUGAACAGUCCCUCCGCGACAGACUUUUAGCUCUCAUCCUUGGCACUUGUGAUCAAGCGGUACACCAGCUUGUAGUUACGGCUUUCCCGAGCGCAGACUUGCUGGAUCGACUCAUGCAUUUUAGCCUGGGUGUCCAGUUCAUGGCAAUUGAUUCCUGGAUACACGUGCCGUCACUUAUUAUUGACGCGAACCUGGAGCUCCUCAUGAUUAUCAUUGCCGCUGGUGCUGUUCUUAGCUCCGUGAUGCCAAUUAGACGUUUGGGAUAUGCACUUCAGGAGUCUUCGAGAACGGCGUUUGCAACAAAGCUCGAAAGCAACAACCAAUAUACCCGCGAUCUUUCAAUGAUACAAGGACUUGUUCUUGGCAUACACAUUGGGUUUUGGAGUGGUGACAAGAGGAAAAUGGAAAUCGCGGAGAGCUUUGCCCUACCCCCGAUCACGAUGCUGCGACGCGCUGGUCGCUUUUCUCGAAUGAAGGCGAAUUUUACACCACCAACAUUUGACGAUACAGAUGAAGCGCUAGAAUUCAAAUGGCGGGAAUGGGUCCAGCGAGAGUCGUACAAACGCCUUGCUGCUCACCUCUUGAUCCGAGACGCACAGACUUCCAUGGCUCAGCAAGUGCCGCCGCUUCUCUGUGCCUCUGAGAUGACGCUCGAAUUGCCUACAUCUCGAAAACUAUGGACAGCAAGAAACGCAAGUCAAUGGAGAUAUGAAUAUGUUCAACUUGAGGACUCCUUACAGGAUAAAAGUAUUUCCAUUGCACAAGGUGUCUCCCAAGUCAGUGAGGUACGAAACAACCGCGGCUUGGACAUCACCCUGUCGGCCAUGGUUAUCGUGCACAGUGUUUGGGGAGCAGUUUGGAACCACUUGCAAUUGAAUUCGCUCAUUCGAGGCCCAAGCUCGAGCGAAGGUCUUUUGGCACCCAACCCGUGGGACAACAGUAUAUCUCAACUUCUAGAACAACUACGCUUCAUCUUCUCAGAUUGGGGCGCUCAAUUCCGACCACAGAUGGCACUGGUGUUGGAGCGUGUAGUGUUGAGCCUACAUGUCUCAUUUGAACAAGUCCAGCUAUUUGCCGGUAAAGAAGGUGAAGAGGAGGCACGUCGAGUACUACCAGGCUUGCGACAGUGGGUCUUCACGAAAGAUGCUCGCAAAGCAGUCUGGUAUGCUGGUCAAGUUCUAGGAGCUGCUGGCAGAUGCUCAUCCAAGGCGAUGCAGGAUUUCAAUGCUGUAUGUGUAUAUCACGCGGGCAUGACCUUUUGGACAUAUGCCGUGCUUUUGGACUCAUCCUCCAAUCGCCAAAGGCCUCACACCGACCUCCAACCGGCUUUGGGAUCGAAUUCAGCAUUCGAAGACAGUGAAAUAGUGUGGUUAGAUGGCCCCGAUGGACCCGGUGUACAGAGGUUUAUUGCCUUGAACCGUGGAAAACCUGUCAUUGAACGAUUCAGCCAUCAAAACUACGCCGAAUCGAGCGAAGCAGUCCCUCUUUCUAAUGCAAAAGCGGUUAUGGACGUGUGCAUUGAAUUGCUGCAACGUAGUACGGGUGUCGGAGGAGAUGGAACUUCCAUGCCCCUGGUUGACAACUUGAGCCAGCUCAUGCGCGAUCUGGGUAAGGCAGCGCAUGAGCUGAUGCAGGGAAAUGGCCGGCGUCCCAAAAGGCCAGCAUCUAAGUAG